AUGAGAAUCUUAAUCCUGGUUCUCAUCUACCUUUUCAUGACGACGGCAACAGCAUUGGCUCAUCCCCGUCUUUAUCCUCGGAAUCCGGAGAUGGAGACAGUAACCGGCAAUCCCGCUGUAUCUAACUUUCCUCUGAAGAAAGAUGGCUCCUAUAAUGCUAAGUAUCGUGCAAAGAGAAGUACGAUGCAUAUAAAAAAGAGGGUUGAUGAUGAUGAGGACGUAAGCGAUGAUUUCCAACGGGAUUUUCGAAUGGGAUACGAUGCGUCUGGUAACAUGCAGGCACACUACGGUUACUUCUCAAAAAGAGACAAUGGAUUUCCCUUCAAGGACGACCAUGAGCUUAAGAGGAAGCACCUCCAAGAGAGAAAUGCUUUUCAUAGCCACGAAUCUCGAAAGAGGGUACAAUUUCGGUCAAAACGGAGCGAAGAAAAAGAAGAUGAGAGAAAGGCUGGCCAUUCUAAGAUGGUAGAUCAUGAGAAGGAUUGCUGUAACGGUUAUACAGAGAAAGGGCUCAUUAACGAGAGAGACUGUGAAUGCCAUGCUGUAGCAGGUGAGGACUGGCGUGAUGGACUGUUGACGGAUCUCGAUGAGGAUCAGUGCGCAGAGAAGAUAUACAACGACUAUAGGAAGAAAAAUCUGUCACAGAAAUACAUACCGACUGCUACAGCUGAAGAGAAUGAUGAGGCUGCUCAAGCAGAUUGCAGCGAUUGUGAGGAAAACGAGCUCCAGUUGCAGAAGACCUAUGAAGACUAUUACCAGGGUCUGCAAAGUGAAUGCUUUCAAAGGAAGAGAAGGGAUAAUACAGAAUCAUGGGAAACCAACAUAUUUGAGACAGAAGAAGGCCAAGUUCAUGAAAAGGAUGGGCCUGUCGUCGACUCUGAGGAUAGCAUUUACGAAUCAGGGGAAGGCCAACUUCAUGGAACAAAUAACUACAAUUAUGAAAGUGAAGAGGACAUGGACAGCGACAUAGACAGCGAUAUUGAAGAUACCAAUGGUCAUAUAGAAGACUCUUCUAUAGACGGAACUCUCGACAGUGAGUCUUCUACCAAGCAAAAGGAGACUAUACCUGUCACCUUUUUGGAAUUCGUCUGCACAACAAACAGGCUUUCCCCAUUGUCAGUUGAUGUCUUUAGAAUAGCCGAAUACUUCAACAACGAUGGCCUAAACAGAAUCUGUAGAGUAGCUCCCCUCCAGGUUAAUAGAUGCACUAGGAUUGGAGGAAUAAGAAGUGCUUCUAUUGGUGUCUGUGAUCACUACUUUGGUUGGCAGGCUGUUUGUGGCGAUGUAGGGAAACAAAUUUUCGAGCUUAUAAGGCGUUGCGAGGAGCUGAUUGAUGGGCACUACAAAGUCAGUGGAAAGAUUUUCCGUCAAGGCUGGGGAGGAAAUGUAAUUGUAUACCGCUUGGUCUGA